AUGUGCGAGAAGGACGAGCCCCCUGCACCCGUCUCUCUGCGCAAAUCACGACUCUCGCCCCGCGCACUUCUCGGCAACUAUCUCUACAGGAGAGUGGCCUUAUGGGUGCUCCUCGUCUGCCUCAUCUUGUCUGCCUUGUUGCUGAAGACGGACGUCCGUUCAAAGACGGCCAAAGUCGUCGGUUUUGGUGGGUUCCCGGGUACGGCACCGCCAUCACCGCAACCACCUCCGCAAGGAUCGUCUCCGCAUCAGAAGCAGCUCGACGCGCAGAGGCUAAAGAAACUUGAGCAGCAAGUGAAGGAAGAGAACAAGCCCCAUUGGAUCAUCUAUAAGCAUCUCAAUGGCUAUUUCAGCGGCCUAAAGUCUCUGGUCUCCAUCGAAGACCACGUCCCCGAGUGGCCCAGCCCGGACCACUACACGGGACCUGUCACUGUCGUUCCACAGUCCAACAAUUCCAUCCCGACUCCGGAACCUUACCGGCCGUACCCCGACUACCACUCCGAAGAGUAUCUUGCCAAGCACCCGCCCGUAGUGGAAUGCCAUCUGGACGAGCACGGCACGCCGGUCCCGGACAUCCAUGCUUUCCCCGGCGUGCCACAACCUCAUCCCGAUCCGGCGUUGGGCGACCACAAGAUCCUCGGCAUCCGAAACGACGUCUGCUUCGAUCGCUUCGGCCGCUACGGGCCCUACGGCCUCGGCUACGGCACCGAGGAGGGCGGCACGGGACAGGGCAUGGACACAGAGCACACCGGUGCCGAGGCGGUCUGGGCCGACACCGGCAAGAUCGACUACCGCAGGGUCGACUGGGGCGGGGCGCAAGAGCGUUGCGUCGCGCGCAAUGCGCAGCGUUUUGUCGACACGACGGAUACCGACGGCGGUAACGGAAAGGAAGACCAGAACGGCAUCCGGAAGAUCGAGCAGCGCCAGGCCGUCAUCGUGCGUACCUAUGUCGGUUACCGCUGGACGCCGCACGCCAUCCUCAACCUCCGCGCCAUCAUCUCGGAGCUCUCGCUCAAGACGGGCGGCGAGUACUCGGUGCAUUUCCUGCUCCACGUGAAAGACCGGAACGCGCCCAUCUGGGCCGACCGGUCGGUCGUCCAGCGCAUCCUGGACGAGAACGUGCCGCAGGAGUUCCACUCCCUCUGCACCGUCUGGUCCGAAGACCAGAUGCGGCUCUACUACCCGGGCGACUUUGGCGAAACGUUCCGCACGCCCUCGAGCCAACCCGUCCACGGGGUGUACCGCUCGGCACACAUGCCCAUGCAGGUGUUCGCCCUGCAGCACCCGGAGUACGCGCACAUUUGGAACUGGGAGCUCGACAUGCGCUACACCGGUUCGUUCUACGAGCUCUUUGAUCGUAUCCGGUCCUGGGCCCGCGACCAGCCGCGCCGGCUCCUCUGGGAACGCUCGGCGAAAUACUACAUCCCCGCCCUGCACGGCUCCUGGGAACAGUUUUCCGACCUGGUGGCCAACGAGACGGAGGCGUCGGGUCGGCCACCGAUCAUGGGACCCGUCGACUUCCCCGGCCGCAAGCCCCUGUUUUCCGAAACGCCGGCCCACCGCAAGUCCGUCGUGCCCCCCUCAUGCGACGACGACCAGCCGCCAGAGACAUGCGGCGUGGGCGAGGAGGCGGACAUCAUCACGUUCAACCCGCUCUUCGACGCGGAAAGCUCGGGCUGGGUCUUCUCGGAGGACGUGACCGGCUACGACACGCACCUGCGGAUCCCGCCGCGGCGCUGCGCCAUCAUCACGGCCUCGCGCCUCUCCCGCCGCCUCCUCCUCGCCAUGCACGAGGAGACGUGGCGCCACCACCACUCCAUGUUCACCGAGAUGUUCCCGGCCACCAUGGCCCUGCACCACGGCCUCAAGGGCGUGUACGCGCCGCACCCGGUGUUCCUCGACCGCGGCUGGGACCUCGGGGCGAUCGAGCGCUCCUUCAACGGCGGGCGCGACGGGUCCUCGGGCGGGCCGGGCAGCCCGUUCGAUAUCCGCAAUGAGCACAACCACAAGGGCGCCACCUGGUACUUUAAUGCCGAGUUCUCGGGGCUCCUGUGGCGCCGGUGGCUUGGGUACGCGCAGAUGGACGGCCGGGGAGAUGACGGCGGUCGGGCGGGCGAAGGGGAGCUGCGCGGCGGGCAGAGGGAGGAGGAGUCUGAGUUGAGCUCCGGGCGUAUGUGUCUCCGGAGCAUGUUGUUGCACCCCAUCAAGUAUGACAACCCGGCCGAUAAGGCGUGA